UAUUCUCUCAAAAGAUUAGAGGAAAUAUGACUCCAUCUUCUUCUCUUCUAUUAGCCAUAGCCAUCUUCUUGCCACUCCUCAUUCAUAGAUCCGAGGCCGGACUCACCUCUGAUUACUACCGUCACACGUGCCCAAAUGUAGCGCACAUCGUCCGAAGCAUUGUUGAGCUAGCUCAUACUUCCGACCCUAGGAUCUAUGCCAGCCUCACUCGCCUCCAUUUCCAUGAUUGUUUUGUUGAUGGUUGUGAUGGGUCUGUAUUGUUGGAUGAUUCGAAGACCAUAAAGAGCGAGAAGGAUGCACUUCCGAAUAAAAACUCGCUUCGGGGAUUUGAUGCGGUGGAUAAUAUUAAGAGAGGAUUAGAGGCAGAGUGUCCUGGAGUAGUAUCUUGUGCUGAUAUUCUUGCACUUGCAGCUGAGGCAUCGGUUAACUUGGCUCCCUUCGACAGCCUAAGCACCCUCCAGUCCAAGUUCUCCGCAGUGGGCCUCAACAACAAAGACCUCGUCACAUUAUCCGGAGCACACACAUUCGGCCGAGCACAAUGCAAGUUCAUAACCAACCGGCUCUACAACUUCACCGGCAACGGGAAACCCGACCCGACCCUAAACCCCGCCUACCUAGCAAAAUUGCGACACAACUGCCCUCAACAUGGAAACGGCAACACAUUGAACGACCUCGACCCAACAACUCCCGAUACAUUCGACAACAAGUAUUAUAGCAACCUCAAGGGCAUGAAGGGAUUAUUUCAGAGUGAUCAAGAGCUUUUCUCGACUAAUGGAGCCCCGACCGCUUCGAUAGUGAAGGCGUUUGCUAAUAGUCAGAAUAGCUUUUUCCGUGAUUUUGGAGCGUCGAUGGUGAGAAUGGGGAACGUUAGCCCGUUGUUGGGGGGUAAAGGGGAGAUUAGGAGGAAUUGCAGGGUGGUUAAUGGGAAUUAAGAGGGGAAACUUGGGUGGGUUUUAUUGUCGGUUGUGUUCGAUUAUUUUUUGUAUUUUUCUUACAACAGUGUUUA